AUGGCAGCGUCACAGGACUACACUCGGAUUCUUCGUGGUGAUCUCCUUGGCACACGACACUGGCGUCUUGUCCUACUGUUGGCUGUGCUAGUGUUGUCAGUGACCACCCGGUUUGCACAUGCGUAUCCCAGCUACGCGCCUUUGAUACCGAACAUUGUGAACGCCAACACUGGUCUGUCCUUGGUGCCCAAUCCUAACACUGAAUCCUCAACGAAGACAUCGCAACCACAACUUCAGCUGAUACGAACGUGGAAGGCUCUGCCAAAUCAGCCUCAGUUCCAUCAUCUCAAGCAGAAGACAAAACGACGCCAUCAGCAACUGAAGCGCCUCUUGACGGCUCUGCAGCUUCUAUUGCAAACGAUUUCUCUAAAUGAUUCCCCUCCAGAAGAGGACGUUGAAGUUCCAGUAACAUCUGAAACACCGACAGAAGGAAGCUCAGAGACUUCUUUUGCAAAUGCCUCACCUGUAGUAGAAGGCAUUUUGAAUGCAGCAGAACCUGAGUCACUUGCAAGUGGAGAUUAUGUGGCUUCAACCCCACGCAAUCCAUCUCUACAAGAAGAUAUCGCAACUACAGCAGCUGCUCAUGCAACUAUGGAAGGCUCUGCUAAAUCAGCCUCCUCAACGCAACCAAAAGACAUCACGACUACAGCAGCAACUGAAGCGCCACUUGAAGGCUCUGCAUCUUCUAUUGAAAACGGGUAUCCUAUGGAUGAAGACUUAACAUCCCCUGCAACAACAGAAACACCGACAGAAGGAAGCUCAGAGACUUCAUUUGCAAAUGCCAUGCCUGAAGGAGACGGCAUUUUGAAUGCAGCAGAAACUGAGUCACUUGCAAGUGGAGAUAAUGCAGCUUCAACCCCACGAAAUCCAUCGCUACAAGAAGAUAUCGCAGCUACAGCAGCUGCUGAUGCAAAUAUGGAAGGCUCUGCUAAAUCAGCCUCCUCAACGCAACCAAAAGACAUCACGACUACAGCAGCAACUGAAGCGCCACUUGAAGGCUCUGCAUCUUCUAUUGCAAACGGGUAUCCUCUGGAAGAAGACUUAACAUCCCCAGCAAUAACUGAAACACCGACAGAAGGAAGCUCAGAGACUUCAUUUGCAAAUGCGUCGCCUGAAGGAGACGGCAUUUUGAAUGCAGCAGAAACUGAGUCACUUGCAAGUGGAUAUAAUGCAGCUUCAACCCCACGAAAUCCAUCGCUACUAGAAGAUAUCGCAGCUACAGCAGCUGCUGAUACAAAUAUGGAAGGCGCUGCGAGAUCGCCCUUAGCUCCAUCACCUCAAACAGAAGACAACACGACGCCAUCAGCAACUGAAGCGCCUCUUGACGGCUCUGCAGCUUCUAUUGGAAACUACUCCCCUCCCGAAAAGGACGUUGAAGUUCCAGUAACAACUGAAACACCGACAGAAGGAAGCUCAGAGACUUCUUUCGCAAUUGACCCGCCGGAAGGAGAAGACAUUUUGAAUGCAGUGGAAACUGAGUCACUUGCAAGGGGAUAUUAUGCAGCUUCAACCCCACGCAAUCCAUCGAAACAAGAAGAUAUCGCAACUACAGCAGCUGCUGAUACAAAUAUGGAAGGCGCCGCGAACUCAGCAUCAGUACCUCAGGCAAAAGACAUUACAACUACAACAGCAAGUGAAGCUCCUCUGGACGGCUCUGCAGCUGCUAUUUCAAACGAGUCUCCUCUGGAAGAAGAUGUUAGAGCUCCAGUACAAACUGAACUACCAACUGAAGGGAGCUCUGCGCCUUCAGUUGCAAUGGACUCAACUGAGGGAGAAGACAUUCCGGCUCAAGCAGAAACUGAAACGCACUCAACCCCAAUCUCCAGGGCAGAAUCAUCCCUAGAAGACGAUGCAGAAACUGAUGCAGAUGCCGGAGACGCACCAGCGACUCCCUUCUCAAGUAACUCACCUCCCGAAAGAGAUAUCCUUACUCUAGCGGAGACUGAACAACUUGCACGAGGAGAUCAUUCUGAUCUAGACUCGAGUGAGUCACUUCUAGAAGAUGGCAACGAUCCAGCAGAAGCUACCGAAACACCUGAAAAAGAAGGUUCCGCGGUCUCUGUUUCACCUGGGUCAUCUGCAGAAGCAGAUAUUGGUACUGAAGCAUCAACUAAACCGUCUAAAGAGGUCUCUGGCACUCCCGGAAUUUCUACUGGGUGGUUAGAUGAAGUAACAUUGGCUGCAACCGAAUCACCAACAGAAUCAACAGAGUGUAAGUUUCAACUUUCCAACAUUCUCUUUGCUUUACUCAAGCUACCUUCUGGUCGUGAAAAUUGGGGCGGCGGUGCUGGCAGCGGUGGCAACAGCAGUGAUGAUGGUGGUGACUUUGACAAUAGUACUUGUAAUGGCGGCUGUGUUGAUGGCGAAGCACCUACCCCCACUUCAACAUCACAAGGCACUGAAGGGGGCACGGCUAUACUUGGUCCCAUGACAACCUCUCUCAGGGCACCCAGUCCCACAUCAUCCGCUUCCACGAUGACAACCGCUCGAACUACUUCAACUGCUCCAACGACAACAACCGCUCCCACGGCAAUAACCGUGUCCACGACAACGGAGCCUUUGACAUCCGCUCCCACAACUCCCGCUUCAAUGGCGACAACUACUCCCACAACCACAACCAUGCCCACGACAUCGGCUUACACUACGACCACCGUCCCCACCACUUCCGCUACCACAACGAAAACCACUCCCACGGCAUCCGCUGCCAAGACUACCAUGCCCGCGACAACUGCUCCCCCAACACCCCCAACGCCUGCUAUCACCGCAACCACUCCCACGACAGCUGCACCCACGACAACCGUUCCCAUGACGACGGCUGAUCCCGCGACAUCCGUUUCCUUGACGAUCGCAACACCCACUCGACCACCAGUUGGUACAACAUUGGGUGCUGAAACUGACCAGGCGUUCAAUGUAGUAAACACAACUGCUUCAGAUGGAGCACAUACGCCUCUAGAGAUACUGUCUGAGUCCAAUGCGACUCUCCUGGCGGAUACUAACUCUACAGCGUCUCUCACAAAUCAAACAGGCGAUGACAUCGUAGUUACGCCGUCUGAAGAUGCUGAGAAUGCAACCGUGGAAUUCUCCUCCGUCUCCACCGUGCCCGAUAUCGCACCUCAAGAAACAGACCAACCUGAUUUUGGCAAGGCUGAUGCAAACAGUGAGUAUAUGACCGUGGUGGCGUAUGACUGCGGUGGCUUUUCCUAUUUACAGUUCGGGCCAGAGAAAUCCGACCGAGGCUCAUGA